AUGGAGCUUCCUCAGUCAUCUCAUUCGGGUCCAACAUACCAAGUGUACACCAACUUCCCGCUUGGUGUACCAAUCCCUCGGCCCGGAAAAGACUGGACUCGAUUCAUUUGCAUAUCUGAUACACACAAAAAGACGCUGCCGCUGGUCGACGGGGACGUAUUAAUUCAUGCAGGCGAUUUUACAACAUUUAGCCAGGGGUUCAAGCCUGCUUUGGACUGGAUAAAAGAACUCAGGCAUCCACAAAAAGUGCUCAUUGCCGGAAAUCAUGAGUUUAAUUUGGACUCGAAAUGUAGAAGCGCUUUCUAUGGCAGAGUUGGUUCCCAAAUGGCUGCGGACCUCGAUGAGGAACGUAGAAUGCUCACUGACGAAUCGGCAGUUGAUUCAAAUCUUACAUAUCUCGAAGUUACCUCCGCCGAAAUUCCUGGGGCAUCCGGCAAAAAGUGGAGCGUGUACGGAAGUCCAUACACGCCAGAGUUUGGCACAAUGGGAUUUUCGUAUCCUAGAAGUGCAGAGAGCACGAUAUGGGCUGAUGUGCCUCAGAAUACUGAAGUGUUAGUCACUCAUGGACCUCCAUUUGGAAUCUUGGAUCUUUCGAGGCACGACAAGGGCCACGUUGGGUGUCCAGCACUCGCGCAUGCAGUCUUACACUGCCUUCCUCGUGUUCGCUUGCAUGUUUAUGGACAUAUUCAUGAGAGCCGUGGUGUGGAAGUACACACAGGUUUUGGAGGCCAAGAUGUCAUAUUCGUCAACGCCGCAUGUCGCGACCUCAAGCAUCCUCAGCCCAUUAUUGUGGACUUGAAGAAUUAA